AUGGGUUAUAGAUCUUCAAGGUAUAGAACAUCAUGCAUAUAUGUUGGAAACUUACCAGGAAAUGUCUUGGAAGACGAAGUCUAUGAUUUAUUUGGAAAGUAUGGGCGUAUAAAAUACAUUGAUAUAAAAUUAGCAAGAGGAUCAAGCUCUACAGCAUAUGCAUUUGUUCAUUAUUAUGACAUAAAAGAUGCAGAAUAUGCAAUAGAAAGAAAAGAUGGAUAUAAAUUUGAUGGGGAACGCUUACGUGUUGAAUUUUCUGGAGAAAAUAAAAGCUUUGGAAAAUAUCGAAGAAAAGAAGAUGGAAUUGGUCCACCUUUAAGAACAGAGCAUCGAAUUAUUGUUAGCAAUUUACCCGAUAAUUGCAAAUGGCAACAUUUAAAAGACAUAAUGAGACAAUGUGGUGAUGUUGGAUAUGCCAAUAUUGAGCAUGGUAAAGGUAUUGUGGAAUUUGUUGAUCGCGAUGGAAUGCUAUAUGCAAUUGAAAAAUUUGAUCGUGCGGAAUUUAAAGUUCAUGAUCAGGUUACAAAUAUUAAAGUUAGAAGAGAUAAAAGAAGUUUAUCUUACAUAAAAAAACAUAGAAGUGAUUAUUAUAGCCCACGACAUAAAAAAAAACGAAUAUAUAGUGACGAAUCUGAAUCAAAUAAAUCACGGCGACGCAGUAAAUAUAGUAGCUCAUCAAGCAAAGGACAUAGCAAGUCUGAGACAGAUAGUGAUAGCUCAUAUGAUAAAAAGGAGAGAAAAAAAGAUAGAAAUAAAAACAAAAGAAGCUAUUCUUCUGACGGGAAAGGAGAUGAUAAAUAUAGUAGAAGUGAAUCAAGCAAUUCAUUAAGUGAUGAUAGAACUUAUAAAAAGAAAAAAAAAAAUUAUAGUACUUCAAGCGAUAGAUCAAGCAAAGGCUCCAGAUAUAAUUCAGAAAAGAGAAGCAGACAAAGUAAGAGUCAUAGUAAAAGCGGAAGUGAAUACAAAAGUAGAAGUAUUAGUGAAGAUAUAAGUAAUAAUGAAAAACAAAGCGCAAGAAAAAACGUGAAAAGGGAAAAUAGUUUAAGCGCUGAAAAAGAAGGAAAACAAGAUCAUACUGAAUCUCCAAAAUCAGGAUAUAAUAGCACAGCUUCGGAGGUAAAGAAAGAUGAUAAUGAGGAUAAAAAUGAUGAAGUGGAUGAAUCUAAAAAAAAUAAGAAAUCUACAGCUGCUCCGAGAGGAAGGAAAACAGCUACUAAAAGGACGCCAAAAGCUGGAAAGGGAAAAAAUGAAAAUAAAAGUGAAAAUGAAGAUUUAAAAAGUGUUUCCAAUGAUGGCAAUAAAAGUGAUGCAAAUAAAUUAGUAGAUAAGGAAAAUAAUAACGAUACCUCAAUUAAUCAAACUGAAGAAACGAAACCCAAAAGAGGUAGAAGAGGUAGAAAGAAAGCAAAUCCUGAAGAAAAUUAA